CAUUUUAAAUGAGCCCUCCAACUUGUGGCUCUACCUUCAACAAAAGUAUUAAGGAACACACCCGGCUAACAACUAAGAAGAUAAUCUUAAAAGCUCAAAGCUUCAUUUCACUUUUUUGUUCUGUUUAUUUUAAUUUUAAUUUUAAAUUGCUUGAAAACAGAAUCGAAUGUCGUCCAUUUUAAUUUUGAAGGAAAUUCCAUUUGCGGCCAUAUAAGGAAAUGCGCCAUAUUUAAAUUAGUAAUAAUUUAAAAAUAUUCAACGGUAUUAUUUUUCAAAACAAUUCUAUAGCAUUUUAAAAUACUCAUAUAAAAAGAUCCAUUAACAAUCAAAUACAACGUUAUGGAAGAUGAAAUAAUUUUCUACAAUGAGGACGAAAUACCCACUUGCGUUGAUGCUGAAAGUUUAAUUGAAUACGAUUAUAUUCAGGAUUCCCAAGAUAUGAGUUUUCUCAAUGGCAUUCCAGUUGUAUCACACAAUUUGGAAGAUAAGCAAACUGAGAACUGUGAUCAACUUAAAACUACAAAAUGUGAAGCUAAAAAAGUGUCACGUUGGUGCCAAAAAGAUGUUACAAUCAAAACAAUUGAAUCAGAGUUUAAAGUUAUGAUGUGGGUCCUAAAUGACACCAACCAGAAUUUAAGAGUUAAAAUUGAAUCAUCUUCGGAGGAAGAAGUUGAACACGCGCCAUCUCAAAUCGCAUCUCAUUUGAAACCAAAUCUUGAAGAAACUACAAAUGAAGUCGAUCAAAGCAAUGCACGUAUCAAAUGUACUAUUAAGUCAUGUGGUAUGUUAUUUACAGACGUUACUGCCCUGCGCACACAUCUGGCUCUUCAUAUUUCUGAUAACUCAAAGUCAUCAACUAAAUUUGGUUAUAAUUGCACUUUCGGAAAUUGCCCAAAAAGCUUCAAAGAUUUAACGGGCCUCCGAAAGCAUUUGAACACUCAUGGACCCAAAACAAGAGUAUGCGCCGAAUGCGGAAAAGCAUUUAUAGAUAAUUCCAAAUUGAAUCGACAUCUUGUGGUGCACACAGGAGACAAACCAUACAAAUGUUGGUUUAAAGGAUGUGGCAAACGUUUCUCGUUGGACUUCAAUCUUCGAACUCAUGCUCGCAUACAUACUGGCUAUCGUCCAUUUGCUUGUACCUUCGAAGGCUGUAAUAAGAGAUUUGCUCAGUCUACAAAUUUAAAGUCCCACCAAAUGAUACAUUUGAAGAAGGUUCAUCAUAACUUAUUAAACUAAAUUAUUCGUACGUUAUGUUUGCUGAAGUGUUUUUGAUGUUUUGAAUUAUUUAACAAAAUGCAUUGAACUUUGAGUAUGAAAACAAAUAUAAGAGGAAAUUGUAACGGCAUGACAUAAGUCCAGUAAAAUAACCAAGUCAUGAUUGUUUUAAACAGAAUUUAAAGUUGAUUUUGCUUAGCAUGUUCUCCUUAUUUAUAUUUGGCUUAACUUAUAGUAAAUAUGUAUUAAUUGUGCAUUUUAUGUGUUGAAAUAAAGGUAUCUAAUGUUUUGUUUA